AAGCAUGGGCAAUCCAGCAGUAAUGACAGCUGAAGCUGGCUUCACUGUUACCCAGAGCGACUGGUCCCUGGGAUGGGCAUCAUACACGUCACCGCCAACCAAUUCCACAGGCAGUGCCAACCUCACCAACAACACAAAUAUGUGCCAGUUCAACGCCGACUUCCAGUACCUCCUGUUUCCCGUGGUGUACAGCCUGGUGUUUGCCUUUGGCACUGUGUCCAACCUGUGCGUCCUCUGGUACCUCUUCAGGAAGAAGGGCUCAUUCUCACCCUCCGACGUCUUCAUGAUCAACUUGGCCACCAUCGACCUCAUCUUCGCUGCCCUGCUCCCGUUCAAAGUGGCCUAUCACGCCCUGGAGAACGACUGGAUCUUCGGCGAGGUAGCAUGCAAAAUCACCGGCUCCCUCUUCUUCGCCAACAUGUAUGGCAGCACGCUCUUCCUCACCUGCAUCUGCGUGGACCGCUACAUUGCCGUCGUCUAUCCCAUUCAUUCGAUUUGGCUGCGCAGGACACGCUACAGUGUGGCAACGUGCUGCCUCAUCUGGCUGCUUCUGAUCGCCAGCCUCCUGUACCUGACGAUUGGGCAGCCCCUGACUAACCAAUUCCCCAACGGCAAGAGGGCCUGCCUGGAGAAUUUCUCCAUGGACACCUGGAGCGGGCACAUCUCGGGGAUCAGCAUCGCGGCCGCGGUCGUCGGUUUCUUCAUCCCGUUGGUCAUUAUCAUUGUCUGCUACCCUCUGAUCGCCAAGAAGCUUCUGGAACACAAC